AUGCCCAAGGCCGUCGAACCGCGCGCGGUAGCGAUUCCAGCGGCCCGGCAAGCCACCAGCGAUGGGCCGCAAAGCAUGCAUGCCCCGCUCAAGCCCUCGGAGAAGCGCGGAGCGACUGCACCGCGCCCUAAUCGCUGCUGGGCCUCAGGUGCACAGCCAACAGAUGUGCCCUCGGUAACAGGCCAUGGGGACCCAGAGGUGGCGGAGAGAGGGGCGGCCAGCGCCAGGGGGAGCACAGGGCGCAAGCCACUGCCGCCACCCUCUGGGGCGCUGCGUGACUCAGGACAUCUGGAGCCACCUGGGUCCAAAGGCUCCAAGUCGCGGCCGACUUCGGCUCAGGGGCAAGUUGACGGCCACGGAACACAAGGAUCUGAGAAGACAAGAGCUACUUCCGUCCUGCCGGCGAGUGGUCGUCAUCCACUGCCCGCCGGCGCCGCCGCGGCCGCGGUGGCGGCUAUGGAGGCGAUCAAUGGCGGGGAGGCGCAAACACUGCCGGGUGUGGCAGUAAUGGGCGAGUUUGUGUCGGACAAGCACGUGUCGCCUCUCAGCUGCGAGUGCGGUCACCCAGCCCCGCAGGCGCUCUUUGUAAUCAACCUCCCUUUUCUAGCCUUUUCAGACCAGAAGCCCGAAACGACAGGGCAGCACUCCGGGAGCGCCUACGCCUCCUUUCGCGAUGCGGGGUUCCGCAUCGGCAGCGGCGCUGGCGUCGCCGACAAGGUACCUAUAGACUCGAUACUGGCUCUGUACCGGGGCGGAGCAUAA